AUGGGCCAAAUAAAAUCCCCUUUGCGGUUAGAGAUUGCAAAAGAAUACGACCAAUCUGCCAUUCGAUUCUUAGUGAAUGGAAUACGAGAGUUCCCGAGAUCAUUUGCGAAGAGCCAAAAAACGCUCUUCAUUCAUCCCGAUGUUAAUGCGUCGGAGCCUCCGGCACCCAUUCGAGAUAUACACUGGCUCUGCAAACUGCAGUUACAAGCAGAGAAAGCACAGCGUUCCCAGGAUCUAUGCCCUCUUUUACGAAGAAAAUUGGCAGAGUAUACACGGCAUCUUUCACACGCCUUGGGGAUUGAAGAGCUUCUGGGAUAUUCUCAGGCUUUGAUUCUCACCCAGUGCAUUCUGGCUUUAAAUGAAGAUGACUCGAAUGAGUACUCCGAGGGAACGAGCGUGUUGCUAGAGUGGGUCGCCGAGCGAUUGUGGCAGCAAGCUCCUAUUCAGCUUCCUUCAUCGCUUAGCCCUCGACAUGCCUGGCUACUAGCCGAGAGUGUCCGUCGUACCAUCAUCGUCAGCCUGAUGCUUCGCAGUGCGUAUUCAUUGCACACUAGGAACUACUCUGUUCGGACUCCAUUUGUGGAUGCCUUACCAUUCGACGUGCAUAUGAAGCUAUGGGAGGAUGGCUCUCAGCAGGCGUGGGGAAAAGCAGAUACGGGAUCUCAUGGUGCAAUGAUGUCAUUGCAUGAAUACUCCGAUGCUCUAGAACACGGUCGAGUUUAUGAUGUCUCUCCAUUUGCUGCAUUGAUCCUGGCAGCCUGCAAAGGGAAAGAAGUAUCGGCCAUAACCUUUCCGCCAGCGAGCUCAUAUAUCAUGACAUGA